UGGCGCUCAGCGCGUCACCGCGGUGCGCCUCAGCCCGUCCGACAGAGACGUGUUCCUCGGGCAGAGCGCACUUGCCCGUGUUGACACUGGAUGGAUAUGCGGCGAUGCCCUUGCAUAUGAAAGCGUCUGCAGCGAUCUCGAAGCAGCAAAGGAGAAAUUUCGCUGCGGAGGAGAGACUGAGCGGAGGAGGAGCGACCGGCAUCUGUACGAAAACGGCAUCUGGUGGUCUGCUCGGUGGCAGCGGCCCGUCGAUUCUCUCAGGAAGCCGGGGACUGGAUUUGACAUGUUGCAGGGAUGUGCUGAAAGCUUGAUGAUGAAAGGAGGGAGAGAGGAAGACAAGUGGAGAGUGUCCUUCCUGGCCAAGGAUAGAUAUUAAUCAGACCCUUAGAAAACAAGUACCACCUGUGGUCAAAAGGUGAUGGCAGUGCUGACUGAGCUUCACCACAACUUCAACCCAUUCCUGCAAAUGUAUGCUUGCUUCCUGCACGCCUGAGCCUACACUCUGGGGUGCCUCCUUCCCUUCCUCUCCUUCUGCCUCUCCUUACCCAUUUCAAACCUCUCCCUCUACCCUCCUCACCCUGCUGCUUCUUGCUUUUCCUCCCACCCCACCAUCAACUUUCUCCACCUGGAAUUUUCCUUUAUCUCUGCAUACGUCUUCAUUAUGGCUUGCUGUGGUCGUUCUCUGGACUCCCCUUGCACACUAGCCUUGUUAAUAGGCUUCCAGUUUGCCUUUGUUCUCUAUUUCUCCCUUGGGGGCUUCAGAGGUCUGGUGUCUGUGUUGGUGCACACCACAGAGCCUGAGUUCGAUUAUUCUCGACCUCACGACGUCUACACCAACCUCAGUCAUCUAGGAGUACCGCCUCCCCCGCCUCGCAACUCUGGUGCUGGAAUUCCUGCCACAGGACAACCGUUGAGAGACUGCCCGAUCCCAUCCCCCCUGCUGGUUGGACCUGUCUCUGUCCAUCUUUCCUCUCCUCUGUCUUUGGAAGAGAUCAGACAGAGAAACCCGUUGGUUUUGCCCGGUGGACGCUACCGGCCUCCAGACUGUGAACCCCGUCACCACACAGCAAUAGUAGUACCAUACCGGAACCGACAGACACACCUCCGUGCCCUACUGUACCACCUUCACCCCUUUCUGCAGAGACAACAGAUCCACUACAGCAUCUACAUCGUACAGCAGUGGGGGAAUAGUACUUUUAACCGAGCCAAACUGCUGAAUGUUGGCGUGCGAGAGGCCCUUAGAGAUGAAGACUGGAGCUGCAUCUUCCUUCAUGAUGUUGACUUGCUCCCUGAGAACGAUCACAACACCUACACCUGCCACAAACAGUUUCCCACACACCUGUCUGUGGCCAUGGACAAGUUCAGAUACAGGUUGCCAUAUCCACAGUACUUUGGCGGGGUGUCUGCAGUGACCCCAGACCAGUAUAUGAAAAUGAACGGCUUCCCUAACCAGUACUGGGGCUGGGGUGGAGAAGAUGAUGACAUCGCUGCCAGAGUGCGUCUGUCUGGCAUGAAGAUUGUGCGCCCUCCAGUGGCCAUUGGUCAUUACAAGAUGAUCAAGCAUAAAGGGGACAGAGGCAAUGAGCAAAAUCCUCGCAGAUUUGAUCUUCUGAAAAGGACCAGACUCAACUGGCGUUCUGAUGGCCUCAAUUCAUUGACCUAUGAGCUUCUUUCCAAAGAGCUGCAGCCUCUCUACACCAACCUGACUGUCAACAUUGGGGGAGACCCCCGUCUGCCCCAGGGCAAAGCCCUCAUUCCUGCAAAAACAACAACCUCAGUCAACCUACACAACACCAGCAAGAUGAGAGGCACAAACAAACAGGAAAAGAUGCUAGAAGGAGGUGUGACAACAAACAGAACUGUGGUCCAGCAGAUUGGCGAUAAGACAGAACCUGUCCACACAAAGACAGCAAAUGUAACCACACAGGAGAACACAGCUGUGGAAAUAAGAAGUGGUCUAAUAAAAAGAAAAGCAUCACAUCUGUAGCAUGAAGUGGCUGCCUCCAUCAUUCUGAUCAGCAAGACAAAAUGGAGGAAAGCACCGUACAUCUGUCGUAUUAAAGGUAGUUAUUCACUGGAUAAAAAAACAAAGCCAGUUUUGUCUACAGGGGUGCAUUCAUGGACACCACCGAGACACCUCUUCUGGGUUUAUUUUCCACUGAAUGCGAUGCUGGCUGUAGUGAUGCAAAUCUGUGGUUAUAUCUAUAUCUGGAGCAGAUGUAGAAUGGCAAACGACUCGGUCAUAUCUACGUAUAGGUCCAAAACAAACUCAUUGAAAAUGAGACAGCAAAUAUAAACACCUCUGCAGACAGGUAUCGCAAGCUGCAAGUAACCCUUCUGCAGACCUGCAGCUUCCUCCAGUCUGCACCCUGAAAAAAGCUGCUGCUGUCUGUCCACCUCACUCUACAGUGGGUUUGUGUUUCUGUGCCUUCUCUCUUUUAUGCGCAUUUUAUAGAUUGGUAUAGCUGCUUUUAGAAGCCGACCUGGGGUAAGAUUUAUCUCUCCUGCCACGUGGAAAAAUUGCUAAAGUUUGGGAGCAUAAAGCUGAUCUUGGAAUAGAACAAACUGUUCCAGGACGGCUGUUUUAUAUUUGCGUGCACUGAUCAAUCGCUGACCAACUCCAUAGUUAUUGGACAAUUCUAGAGUUUAUAUUUAUAUAGAGAGACUUCUUUAUUUGUGUAAUGCUUUGUUUUACUGUCUUUUCAUUACAGUCUGGUGCCUCUCUCUCUUACAUUUAGUUUAUAGACAAUCAGAUUAUAUGGGAAGGUAACUCUGUAUCUAACCACAUGACAAAAAUGACUGUCUUUACGCCUGUCCGACAAACAUAGACUUGGCAUGAUAGUUGUUUAGCUUGAAUAUACUAACAAUACAUAGGUAGAUCUGUACUCCAGAUAUAUGUAGUUUUUAUUUUAAUUGUAGGUUAGUCAGAUUUCAGGAAAAAAAGACAGUACUGACUAAUUGUUUUCAGUUUGUGGUGUUUUUUUUUUUUUUUUAAAUCUAAAGUAGUCUUAACAAAACACUGUGCAUAGAUUUAGGCCAGCUUUUAACUACAUGGCCUUUGUGC